CUAAUCCCUACGUUAACAAACCCGAUUGCCAAAUUCUUCUCCCUUCAAGAUUUUUGGUUUACAAAAAAGAAUCCAAGUUUGUGUGAAUUCCGGGUUAACCCCUACGAUUCUCUCUUCCUCCACGUCUCCCAAUCAACCAGACUCCCCGGCUCCGGCGUUUUCUCGCCGUCCGGCUGAUACUUUCUUCGUGGAAUAUGACCGGGAGUCCUAAAACCCGACCCAUAUUGUUCUACUCCUUCUGUUGCAUGCGAAAUUUCAGUUCAUAGUGGUUCGGGUCCAUUUCUUUGAUUACUUUCUGUAAUUGUUGUGUAUACAUGUAAAAAGCGUUAGUUGUAAAUCAUCCUGUGAGGAAUUAGGGUUUUUAUUUGGAUUGGGGGAGUUAUGUAUAUAGAGGAAGUAAAGGCAGUAACGAUUGAGGAGGAGAAGGAGGAAGAGGAGAGAGUGUCUUCUGGUAAUGCGGAAACCUUGAGCAGUGACACGAGGGGCACUCUGGUGGUGGAUGUGAGGAAGGUGGUGGUAGGCGUCGGAGCUCGAGCGCUGUUUUAUCCGACUUUGCUGUAUAACGUCGUUAGGAAUCGGAUUCAGACGGAGUUCCGGUGGUGGGACUGGAUUGAUGAGUUUGUAUUGCUAGGUGCUGUCCCUUUUCCAUCUGAUGUGAAACAGCUAAAAAGACUUGGUGUUUGUGGUGUUGUAACCCUGAAUGAGUCAUAUGAGACACUAGUUCCACCUUCACUAUAUCAGGCUCAAGGUAUUCAUAAUCUGGUUCUUCCAACUAGAGAUUAUAUGUUUGCACCUUCACUGAAUGACAUAUUCCAAGCUGUAGAAUUUAUCCAUGAGAAUGCAUCAAAUGGACGAAGGACAUAUGUGCACUGUAAGGCUGGCAGAGGACGUAGUACAACGAUUGUCUUAUGCUAUUUGGUUAGAUACAAGCAGAUGACACCAAAUGAUGCAUAUGAGCAUGUGAAAGCAAUACGGCCAAGAGUGUUGUUAGCCUCAUCCCAGUGGAAGGCUGUCCAGGAAUUCUACACUCAUCUGAUGAAGACGGGUAUCACAUACCCAUUGACCUUUCCCAUCUCCAGGAGCCCCGGGCUCAUAGCCGCAAGAAACCUUUUGGCCUUUGACGAUAGCUCCACUUUAAUAAUAACUGAAGCAGAUCUAGAUGGAUAUGAUCCAAGCAACCUUGAGCCCGGGGCAGCAAGAAAUGAGAGACGGUCUGAUUUUGGUUUGAUUUGGCGGGUUCGAGUUGCUGGUGUAGCAGCAUUGUCAAGAGUUUCUUGUCUUUGGCUUAAUUGCCAGCCUCCAUCAAAGAGAUCAAUUGUACAGUUAGCGCAGGCGGAUACGGUAGAUAUACAUGAUACUCACAAGCCUUGAGGAUUAUCUGUAUGUAUAAUGAUUUCAUAGCGCAUUUAAGAGAUGCAAAUCUUGCCCAGUGGGAAGACUCUGUAAAUAUGCGUCACUUUCUUCCCAUUUUUACCUCUCCUGAAUUGCAAUACAUUGAAGCUUGGAAUGCAUAUACGGAUAUACCAAGUUCCGCUGUGUAUAGCUCUUUCGUCA